UGAUUCACUCAUUCAUAUUAUUUUCCCUCUCUUUACUCUCUCCACGGCAUCACCAAAUUUCAAAUGCGAAGCAUUUCUUUCUCUCCUCCUCCUUCGAUGAAUUCAAUAAUUUGGUUCAGAAAAGGAUUAAGAGUCCAUGAUAAUCCAUCACUCGAACACGCCCGUAAAGAUUCAAAACAUCUUUACCCUAUUUUCAUUUUAGAUCCAUACUAUCUUAAACCAGAUCUCUCCGCUUUUUCUUCUGGUUCAAAUCGUUCUGGUUUAAAUCGGAUCCAAUUCAUGCUUGAAUCUUUACAUGAUCUUGAUUCUAGUUUUACGAAACUUGGGUCUCGUUUACUUGUUCUGAAUGGUGACCCUUUUCAGGUUUUGGUCCGGAUUUGCAAAGAGUGGGAUGUGAAAAGGCUUUGCUUUGAAUAUGGUACAGAACCAUAUUACCAAACCCUAGAUAAUCAAAUUAAGGAUUAUGCUUCGGCAGCUGGAAUCGAAGUCUACUCGCCUAUCAGCCAUACUCUAUUUAAUCCUGCAGAUAUCAUACAAAAGAAUGGGGGCAAGCCACCUUUGAGUUAUCAGUCAUUUCUAAAGCUUGCUGGGGAGCCCUCAUUGCCGGUUGCAAGUACAGUUUCUUCGCUUCCUCCUUUGGGGAAUGCUGUAGAUUACGAGAUGUUAGGAAUCCCAACUAUUAAAGAACUUGGCUAUGGAGAUGUAUUGCAGGAAGAGUUUUCUCCGUUUAAAGGUGGCGAAACAGAAGCACUGAAGAGAUUGAAAGAAGUUCUCAAGGAUAAGCAAUGGGUGUCAAACUUUGAGAAACCAAAGACUGAUCCAUCUGCAUUUUUGAAAUCAGCAACAACUGUUCUGUCUCCGUAUUUGAAAUUUGGUUGCUUAUCUUCCAGGUAUUUUUACCAAUGCCUUAAUGAUGUAUAUAAGAACGUAAAGAAACACACUUCACCACCUGUUUCUCUUAUGGGGCAGUUGCUAUGGCGGGAGUUUUUCUACACUGCUGGUUUUGGGACACCUAACUUUGAUCUGAUGAUUGGAAAUAGAAUAUGUAAACAGAUACCUUGGAAUGACGAUGACGCUUUGUUGGUUGCUUGGAGAGAUGCUCAGACUGGAUAUCCUUGGAUUGAUGCCAUCAUGGUCCAGCUCAGAAAGUGGGGUUGGAUUCACCAUCUUGCACGGCACUCUGUUGCAUGUUUCCUAACUCGCGGAGAUCUGUUUAUUCACUGGGAACGAGGCCGUGAUGUAUUUGAGAGACUCCUAAUUGACUCAGAUUGGGCCAUAAACAAUGGGAAUUGGAUGUGGCUUUCUUGUUCAUCAUUUUUUUACCAGUAUAACCGCAUCUACUCUCCAAUCUCAUUCGGGAAGAAGUAUGAUCCAAAGGGGAACUACAUUCGCCAUUUUCUUCCUGUACUGAAAGAUGCAAUUUGGUUGAUCACAGAUAUGCCAGCAGAGUAUAUAUAUGCGCCAUGGACUGCACCUUUGGCUGUCCAAACCAAAGCGAAGUGUAUAAUUGGACGGGAUUACCCAAGACCAGUUGUGGAUCAUGAUAUUGCGAGUAAGGAGUGUAAGAGAAAGAUGGGUGAAGCUUAUGAAUUGAACCGCCAAUCGAAUGGUUUGGUAAUUAAUGGAGAACAUAAAAAGAAUUUCAGGAAAAAAUCCGAGGAAGAACAAAAUUGUAAAAGCCGAAAGCAAAAGUUGAUAACUGACUGGGCCAGCUCCAGCUGACUGACAUUGUUCUCAGGAACUUUUACUAUGAUAAAAAAUGAGGGGUAUAACACUUAGUUUUGGUUCAUGGAUUUGAGAUUGAUAAUUGUCAGUUGAGAUGCUCAACUGCACGGAUGUUAGCCCGAUUGUCGUCGGUGUGUAUACUAUGUAUGAUUAAGGUUAUAUUACCGUAGGUAACAAGAUGUACGAUCUAACCUGGAGAGAAUCUAACACAAAAUUGCUAAGAAUGAAAGUAUCAGAUUUCACUUGUAAUAUUUUUCUAUACAAUGAAGUAAAAGACAGGUAGUAAAAUUCAGAAGAUAAAAGUGCAAAAAAAAAGUACUAGUUCUUUUACCUG